AUGGAGGCGCUGAAGCAGAAGGGCAACGAGGCGUUCAAGAAGGGGCAGUUCUCCGCCGCCGCGCUCGCCUACCGGCGCGCGCUCGAGGCCGCGGCGGAGAGCGGCGAGGCGCCGCGCGAGACGGCGUCGCUGCACAGCAACCUGUCGUGCUCGCUGCUCAAACUAGGGCACCGCGAGGAGGCGCUGGAGGCGGCGCAGCAGUGCACGGAGCUGCGGGAAGAGUGGAACAAGGGCUGGUUCCGGAAGGGUGAGGCACUGUUUGCGUUGCAGCGGUACGACGAGGCGGAGGAGGCGUACCGGCAGGCCCUGGAGCGGGCGCCAGACGAUGCAACGGUGAAGCAGUGUCUGCUGUUGGCGCUGGAGGCUCAGCAGGGCUUCCUGCUGCGCCAGAUGUUCGCAGGGCGCGAGUUCUGUGUGGGCAGAGGCCGCAACGUCAUUGAGUCCCAGAUAUACCGCAGUGCACAGCAGAUGCGCAACUUCAUCUACCUCGUCGGCGAUGCACACUCCCGAGAGGCUGUCGUGGUGGAUGGCGCAUGGGAUGUCGAGGGCAUUCUGCGGUACGCAGAGGCGGAGAGAGUGAAGCUGGUGGGUGCGGUGGUGACGCACUACCACUUUGACCACACGGGCGGCAUGCCGCCGCCGCCCUUUGACGCGCUGGGCAUCAAGGUGCCGGGGAUCAGAGAGCUCGCCAUAACGCACGGCCUCAAGGUGUAUGCCAACAAGCACGAUGCGGCGCUGCUGCGAUCCAAGAAUGGUGUUCCCAGCGACUCCAUUGUGGAGGUCCAGGAUGGGGCGACGAUAGAGGUGGGGGCGGUGUCGCUGCGCUUCAUCCACACACCCGGUCACACGCCCGGCAGCCAGUGCAUCCACAUUGAACGAGCGCCGGGCCAUGAUGAUGGUGUUCUAAUAUCAGGAGACACCCUCUUUAUUGGAAGCUGUGGGAGGCUGGACCUACCAGACUGCAACCGGGAGGCCAUGUACGACAGCCUGCAGAAGCUCUCUGCAUUGCCACCUGACACCAGGGUGUACCCCGGGCACGACUACGGGGGGGCGUUCACGAGCAUUGGCAAGGAGAAGGCCACUGGCUUCCUGCGCCCCAUGAGCAAGCAGCAGUGGCUCGCCUCCCAGGCCAUGUGA